UUAUAUAUCCUCUGUCCUCUCUCCUCUCUCACCAUUUUCAUCUACCUCAAAAAUCUUCUCUCUGCACAAGAAACCCAAUUCAUUUCUCUCAUCCCUCUCUCUUAAAUAACCUUCACCCCCUAAUAUCUCUCUCUCUCUAAAAUCGUUCAACACCUAAUCUCUCAGUAUCAGACCCUCCUCCGACACCCAACGUCCCUUUCGCCGCCACCACCGCCGAAGAUGCAGACUCCAACUCCGGAUAACAGCCUUCAAACCGUCGUGUCGUGGUGGCUGUGGGGGCGGGGGUUUUUUCCGACCCCCGAUGAUGAACUCGCCGCCGACAUCACCUGGAGUUGAUGAACUCGCCGCCGACCCCCGAUGAACUAGCCGCCGACAUCACCCACCCCGAGGUUGAUGAACUCGCCGUCGGUUCUCUCUCUCGUUCACCACCAGGUUUCUUCGGCGGAAGCGUCGCCGUGAGCGGCGGCAAUGAACAGAAGCAAAAAUGAGCAACCAGGUGGUGGGUGGUGGGUAGAGGUGGUAUCCAUGGUGCUGAUUCAAAGAUCAUCUUCAUUCGUAAUACCAUUGGUGGUGGGUGGUGGGUAGAGGUCGUGCUGGUGGUGCUGAUUUCUAAAUCAGGAGGGGCAAUGGAGGUAGGAGGAAUCAUCCAUUGCUUUUGCUUUAAUUGAGGAAGAGGACAAGCAAGUAAAAUAAAAGUGGAUGGGUGUCUGUCGAGUGUGGGGUAUUUACUAUGGGUGAUAGUUCAUCAAGUUACAGAGCACCCUGGUUCUGUAGGGAAAUGAGUCGAGCAGACCAAGUUAUUAUGGCCAUACCAGAUGACGCUGCGUCUAAACUAUGGGGUGUUGACAAAGGCCCUACUAAUGUUACGAUACACACUGAAGAUGGCAGUGUCUUUAAUGUUUUUUUAAGCGCUUCUAAAGGGAAGAUAUUUUUUUUAAUGGUUGGUCCAAUGUUGUAAUACACUUGGGACUAACCAAAGGGUGUUUGGUAGUUUUUAAUCCACUGGAUCCUACAACUUUUAAAUUAACAAGUUUCAUUGAUGGGGUUAGUCGUGGCUCUUUCUGGACAUAUAUGCUAUCUCCGUCAUGUAAUUUUUAUGACAUCCCUCAAAGUACUUUGCCCAAAAGUUACGAUUAUUCCUCAAAUGACGUAACCUCUACUGUAAUGAUAGACAACAAAACAUUUAACGUUUCUAUUGUAACAUACGACGGUAAAGUCGGUUUUACCGUUGGUAUGGACGUAAUUGUUAGUCUGUUUCAGUUGGAGGUUGGUUGUUUAUUGUUAUUUACUAAAGGUUUUGGUCAUUUUUUCUAUUUAAAAGUUUUUGGAAAAAACGGUGUUGAAAUCAAUUAUCCUGAUGUAGAUGCUGAUGAGGUAAAUUACAUAUUGAUAGCAAUUUAUACAUUAUAUAUAUAUGCGAACAUGCUAAUUGAUUACAAAUUAUAUUUAUUACUUUUCAGGCUGAAGUUCCACCCUUAGAUGCUGAAAACGAACCUGAUGAACACAUAGAUGGUUGUGUUACAACGUUUGUUCGUAUGGCUGGUGAAGAUUAUUUUAGAAUCCCUGAUCCUGUUUCACGCAAGGCUAGACUUGAUGAAGGCUUAAAGGAUUUGAACAUAAGAUUUUUGCAUAUGGAUCCUCCACUGCAAAUUACCAACGGUACAAGACGUGAAAAAAGACCCAACGGUCGUGGUUAUCGAUACGCUUUAACCUGUUGGAAGAAGUUCAUGAAAGCCGCUCGGAUUAAGAGAUGGAACAGGCUGCUGUCACACUUUUGAAUAAUGUUGAUCUUAAUGUUGAUGAUUACACCAUCAGAAUCCGCAUUGUCAGGCUAUGGACAAGACCUACUUUCAAUAAUCCUAGAAAGAUUUAUUGCUACGACAUGAUAUUCAUGGACCAGGAGGGUACGAAAAUGCAGGCGUUUGUUUUACAGAAAAACACUACUGGUUAUGAACAUUUGCUGAAAGAAAAUCAAUGUUUAACCAUUCGUAACCCUUCGAUGGGUGAAAAUCGUCAAAAAGUCAAAUAUGUUCAUACUUCGUUCAAGAUCAAUCUAAAUCCCAACACUACUGUCCAAGAAUGCAAUGAGCCUGUUGGUGCUGAAUGGGGAUUUGACUUUUCUCCAUUUGAUUCUAUUGUGGAUGACCCUCUAGAUGAUAGCAAGUCUUUCAAAAGCCCUAUUGAUGUUAUCGGUUUUGUUGUCAAGUGUCUUCCGUCAGAUGAUAAGAGUGAUAAUAAUAACGGCAAAGACGAGAAGAAGACAACCUUUAUUUUGGAAGAUUUGCAACACCAUCAGAUUUACGUCACGUUAUGGGGUUGUUAUGCUGAUCAGAUUUUGGAUUUUGAGAAAAACAAUAAGGACGAAAAGAAUGUUGUGGUUGUUGUUCAGUUUGGGAAGUACAGAUUUUGGGGAGGUAAUAUGUAUGUCUCAAAUUUGUAUAAUGUAACUCGAGUCUUGAUAAACUCUGAGGUGAAAGAGAUAAUGGAUUUCAAGAAAAGAUUUAUCGAGAGACUUUCUCCCGAGAUUUCUUCCAGUUAUUCUGGCUUAAGUUCUCCUGUUGUGAAGACUGUCACUGAAGAGUUCCUAUCUGACUUGACGUUUUAUCCCAUUGGGUCGUUAAACUCAAUAGAUACGACGAGGUUUGUUGUCAUUGUUGGCACUAUCAAGAGUUUUGCAUCGAACAAUGAGUGGUUUUACAACGCUUGCACAACCUGCAACAAAAAGGUUUCAACAACUACUGUUGUUAAACAGAAGCAGGAUGGUACUGAUGGUGUUGAAGAGGUCACUGUCUUGGAAUGCAAGACUGAUGUUUGUAAUACAAAGAACGUUUCAUCAGUUCCAAGAAUUAGGCUUUAUAUACGUGUGCAAGAUUGUACUGGUAUUGUUAGCCUGACAUUGUUCGAGCGUGAGGUGACAAAGCUUUUGAAGGUUAAUGCUAAUCAGCUUUUAGACAACAACAUUGAAUUAGCAAACGAAGGAAGUUUUCCAAAUGAGCUUAAUUCUUUACUCAAUAUGAAGUUUGCGUUCAAGAUUGCUGUUUCUUCUUUUAACAUUACCAAAAAGUCUGAUGGCUACUCAGUCUCCAAGAUGACUAAUAACCCUGUCGUUUUAUCGGAGCUUGAUAAACAUUUUGACACUAUUCAGCCUAUUGAUGAAGAAGCCUUCAGUGUCGAACCAUCUGAUUCAAAUCGUACUGAAGAUUUGCCUAUUAAGGAUUCCAUAUCCCAAACGGGAGACGAUGUAACCCGUAGCUCGAAUGUUUUUAAAGUUGGCUUUACAACAUCGUUUGAUCAGAAGGAUGCUGACUUGGAUACGAACAGCGAACGUGACUUGAAGCGCAAUUUGGAUACCGUGUAUGACGUGGAUGCUGUUUCUUCCCAGUCUUCAUCAAAGAUGCGUAAAGACGGUGGUGUCGAUGAAGUUAUUCUGAUUCCAAAUAAAGAAGCUUAGUAAUCUAUAAUUCAAACAUUUGAUAUCAUCGUUUGUUUUGUUUUCAUUUUUUUGGAUAUUUUUGUUGGGAUUUUUUUGGAUUUUGACAAUGAUUUGACUAUUGUGGUUAAUUUAUAUGAACGUGAUUGUUUCGUGGUUUAGUUGUUUA